UGAGGUUCAGAUCCCUCCCUUAGGUACCUCCACCCAGGCCAGAGCAGCUGGUGGCUUGGAGAUGCUGCCUGGCUGGGCAUGUGGGGCAGGGCUUCUGGCUCAGAUGAAGGGCCAGGUGGCAUGGGGGCAGGGAUCUCCAUGGCCUUGGGGAUACUUAGAGCAGCCUGGAGGUGGCUCUAGCUUUCUCCUGGGGCAGUCCAAUGUCCCCAGGACCCUAGCCAUGCCCUCCUACCUUGCUUAGGGGGGUCAUAGAACCAGUCCCAUUUGCUAACAUUGCUAGCAGGAGGCAGCUGAGAAUCAGCUUGAGGUCAUCUGGGGGAAGGAGCUAAGGCAGCUGGUUCUCGGGUGGAACGUGGAGCCAAGUGUGUGGUGGAACACGCAGGAACUGGUUCUGGGAGAAGGGGCUGGUGCAGCUGGCUUGGGUGGACCAUAGCUGCUAGCUGUAAGACCCUGCUGCUGGCUCUUGUGGAACGUAGGAGAUGGCUCUAGAGUCCCAGUCCAGAUUCCACCACCCCCCUCCCAGAGCUGGGAAAGAACCCGAGUUUCUGGGCUACCAGCCCACCUGACUCUAACCCCCAAGCUCCCACUCACCUCCCAGAGCUGAAGAACCUGUGUCCAGGCUUCCAGCCUGGUUCUGGGACACUACGGCCAGCUCUGGGGGAAGGGGCUGGUGUGGGUGACUCUGGGGCUGUGAGUAGCUGGAGCACAGCAGCUAUUGAGCAGCCCGGACUAACACUAUACUGGCUGCCCCACCCAUCCUAAUUGCCCCAUGGGGGGAGGGGGGAGUCUCUGCCCUGUCUGCAGGCCCCGCUCCCUUUUGUGUGUAGCCAUGUUCCCCCCCACCUCUGCCUACUACAUACAUGUCCCACAUGUCCAAAAUCUGCCCUUAUCCUCUCCCCACGACAGCACAAAGGUGUACAUGCAUGUCCACACAUGUAAACACCUUGUUGCUCUCCAGUCCAAUAGAAACCCUUACAUUCUCCUUGCUGCUCCUAUGCUCCCCCAUCAGUGUCCCCUAUAUACCCCUUCCCCACCCCAUGUACAACUGCACACCCCACCCCAGCCAUGUGGUGCUACUGCUUCUUCCUACCAGCCCUGGAGAACUGCAACUCCCAGCAUGCUCUGGUCCCCACAAAUGCUGCCCCUUACUAUUGGUUAGUCCCCACCAGUGGGAAGCUAGCAGUGGGAUGAGGGGGCCAAUAGGAGAGGUGCUGGGCUGGGCAGAGAGGAUAUAUAAAGGGUCCUAUGAGGGCAUGGGUGAAAGCUUUGCUUCUUUGGUGGUGCGGUUGGGAUACCUGAGCUCUCUUCCUAGUGAGGGGGUGGGGGGCUAGUCAGAAUGAAGGGAGCUGGGACCCCUGGGUUCUAUCCCUGCUCUGGGAGAGGAAUGGGGGCUGAGGAUUUAGAGCGGGGGUGGAGUAUGGGCGGGAGCCCAGAUGCCUGGGUUCUUUCCCUGCUCAGGGAGGGGGGCUAGGAGCCCAAGUGCAAGAGGCAAGUAGCGGGCAGGGGUCUCUGGAUUGGGGCACUGGCCUGGGUCUGACCUGGGCUCCUUGGGGCAUCUUCCUGCUUCUCUGUAGUGUCUAGUCUGGGCCACGGGGGGACCCAUGGAGAACCUGGGGUGCCCCAACAUGCUGGGCACCAACCUGUCACCAGCAGAAUCUGGGGUCUCAAUGGCCCUGCGGGGCAGCCCUCAGAUCCUAGAUGACUCCUUGGAGCCGCUGGCCAGGGGCUCAUGCUGGAGCUGUGACGUGGAGCCUGGCAUCGGCCCUCUUGCCCAGGCAUGUCUCCUGGACACCAAGGAGGAGCUGGGGCUGCCCUCCCUGAGCACUGCUGGCAGCUCCAGAAGGCAGUGCUGGAGCCAGGAGCUGGACCAGCUGCGGGAGCGCCAGGCCCAGCUCAAGGAACAGCUGUGCGCCUGCGCGCAGGAGCUGGGGGUUGUGCGGCGCCAUGAGCAGCGGCUGCAAGAGGCCAACAAGGAACUGCAGGAGCAGCUGCGAGUGCAAGAGGCCAAGGUGGAACAGCUGCGCAGCACCCUGGCGACCCGCGGGGCCCAUCAGGGCCAAGAGCUGCGGCGCCGGGAGCAGGAGCUUGGACGGCUCAAGGACAGGCUGGGCCAAGUGAUGAUGGACAAGCGGGACCGGCGCACCAACAUGGACAUCCUCAACCCGUUGAGCCGUGCCAAUGGCCGGAGAGCCACCUGGAAAACUGGGAAGGCGUUGGGGAAGCGGGAGGAGGAGCUCUACCGCUCCCUGCUGGGCACCCAGGAGAAACAGAUGGCAGUGCUUGCAGUGGAGAAUGCUGAGCUACAGCUGGCACUGGAGCAGCUGGGGCAUGAUUUCCAAGGCCUCCUGCCACCUGGCCAGGACGGGGAUCCCAAGCUGGACAGCACCCACCUGGCUGAUGUCAUCUGGGAGCUGUGGGGCUGCCUCAAAGCCCGGGUUGAGGCACUUGGGAGCUGGGCAGUGGCCGGGGCUCCCCCAGGGCUGGGGGGUGCAGAUGGGGAGUUGCCUGUGAUCAGUGUGACCGACCAUGACAAGGAGAUUGCCAGGCUCCGAGCUGAGAUCGAGGAGAGCCGCAGCCUCAUCGCUUGGCAGCAGCAGUGCCUGCAGGAGAAGCUGGUGGUGGGAGUGGGUACAGAGCUGCCGCCAGGCCUGGAGGGCUGCUAUGUACUGGAGGAGCAGCAGCGGUUGCAGGAGGAGCGCAUGCUGUUUCAGCGGCAGCAACAAGCCUUCGAGGCUGAGCGACAAAGCUUCACCGAGGCCGCCAUCCGCCUGGGCCAUGAGAGGCAGCAAUUUGAGGCAGAACGUGCUCUUCUGCUGAAACACCAGUUCCUGAGCGCUGCGGCCAACUUGGACUUGUGGGGUCCCCAGCGACAGGAGUCAGCCCCCAGCACCACCUGGGUCCUGGACCAGGAGCCACAUCCCCAGGCCAAAAAGCGGCCCCAGCCCAGCUACUCCCCCUUCCUGGUGCCGGAGACCUCUGCCAUGCCCUUCCGAAGCCAGCUCCUUCACCCCCAGCCUGCCAGUACCCCCUGCCUGGGAGAGCAGUGCUGGGGGCAGUGUCUCAUCCUGCAUUACAGCCCUGCCACCCCUGCCCAGCCCAGACUGCUGGAUGCUGCCUGGAAGGGGGGCCACCAGGACAGAGCUUCCCAGACGCAGAGUGAGGACUUGUGGCCUGUGAGCACAGACCUCCUGGGGCAUUUCUUGGAGGCCUCCUUCUAGGCCCUGGCUGUAAUUUUUGGGAGGGACCAGACUCUGGGGUACCGGCUUCCCCCAUGGGGGGCUGUCUUCUACCAGCCAGACUCCAGCUGCUGCCAAGUGCUAUCUUUUUGGGGAAAAAGCUGUCCUUCUCCCUGAAAGUCUAAUCCAUCCCGGCCGUGCCACUCCUGGUUUCUCCAACCCAGCUGGAGCCUGACUGGAUCCUGGGAGCUCAGCUUCCUUUUCCAAGACCCCUCUUCUGGGCUCAGCUGGGUGAUCUCCAUAAGGUGCCUUGAUUCCUUCUAGCUUUUAGCUGUCUCUGGGUUUAAGCGUAAGGCUGUAUUGUUGGUUUUUUAAUCCAACCAUCUCCAGGCCUCUUCUCCAUAAGAAGCAGGCCAGGGAGGGAUUCCUCCCUGCUGGCAUGUGGGGUUUGGAUAUAGAGCUGGUCUCGGAGCAAGGAGGGCUUUGGUCUUUGCACUCAGGGUUGUCUGUGUGCCUGAUGUGGACAAGUGCCUCUGAGCUGUUUCAUUUGUUGGUUGUAAUAAAAGAUUUUUUUUUUAA